AUGAGGAAGAGCAAAUCGUUCUCAGUCACAGGAGAAGUCACUACGUCUUCAUUACCCAAGGAGAUAUCCAUAAUUUCAAUCCUCAGCGAGCGCAUAGCGAACGCAAGAGUGAAGCUCGUUCCGCACACAACGGGCGACAGAAGAAUCUACACUGCCCCUUUCCUCAUCCUUGCGGCAGCCACCCCAUACUGUAAAACUCGUACAAUCACCUACAACAGCGAGAUUUUCUCACCGCCGGCCCAAAAACUAGUCAGCAAGUGGACGCGCGGACAGGACGAAAAUCAAGAUGGAGACCAGCGUGUGCCUCGAGAUCCAUUCCACAAUCUUUGGCUUCGCAGCUUUCUCGGAGCACAGUACCCCUUGCGAUCGCGGAUAAAGCAACUUCGACGGACUAGGCAACAAUUGGAAAAUGCAACAUUUGCAUCGUAAUUUUUUUGAUUUGAGUGUCCGUGUUGUACAUCCAAUUAGGUGUAUGGAGGACUAGGAUGACAUCAUCCGAAACUCUGAAAAUCGCUGGGUGUACGAUUCGAAAUAUUCCACUUUGUUCACAGCAUCGGCUUAACUCACACUCAGAUUUCCGUCUGAGGUUUUUGUAGUCGACGAGCGCGCUGACCGUACACCCGAGGAGAUCAUGCAAGAUGAUAGGGACUCUGCAUCGCCAAGUCUAUACGAUGUUUCAGCAAGCGAGAUUGCAGACGAGCUCGAAGAACCCUCCGUCCAUCCCUCACUGCUGACAUCAGGCCAUGUUGCGUCCAAGCUUCUGGGGAUUCCCUCGUCCUUCAUUGUGACCCGCUGGCACCGUGACAUCGACGCAAAAAAUUACAUCCUAGAAAUCGACGAAGUGUCGCGCCAUCACAUGCAAACUGUGGCGUGGACCGAAUCUGUUUUUCAGGUGCUGGAGUCUGCUGCGCUGCUCAUGCAACAACUGAUCGACGGUGCUGGAGGUAGUGAGACUAGAGCGCUCCCGUCUUCUUUGUCGAGCCAGG